AUGAUUUUUCUCAUUCUCAAAGUCCACACUGCAAGACCUCUUGGGCACAAACUCGGGUGCCCGAAGGUCCUUGAAGAGUCCUUGGGAGGAAGCUUCACUCCACCCGCGCGUGCUGGCUUCUACAAUUUGAUGAACUACGUGGGCAGUGCCUUCAUGUAUGUGAACCACGAGUAUUCUGAACGAAUCAAACUUGUGCUGAGCAGUUGGAACGCUGUGCAGAAGACCACCGCCGAGUCCUACGCGAGGGCCGAUGCAGUUGAUGCCGAGAGCCAAGCUGAGGAGAGUGUACACGAAGAUGCGGAGCCGACAGUGAAGAAACCUCAGGAGCCUAAGAACAUCAAAGAGGUCAAAGAGCAACAAAAGGGCAAAGAGACCAAGGAGGCUGAGACAACUAUGCUCAAAAUGGAUCCGGAGGUGAAGGUAGAUAUGAAAAUACCGACAAGCUUCAAUGAGAUGAUCCUCUUCAAUGCAUCUGUCAUGGGUUUUGGAGGGAGCCACUGGAUGAAGAUCAUGUUGGUUCAGUUUGAUGAUAUGGUACGGAGUGUGGGGAACUUCUGUCGAUUGCAAGAAGAGUGCGACGUGAUGUGUUUAGUGCUUGCCAAGUACAAGGGGCCUAUUGAGUUGCCAGAGUUCAAGGCAGUGGUCUUGGCAUCCUUGCGGUCACUGUUGCCCGACAAGUGGGACUCGGAGCACGAGGUUGCGUGGUGUUGGCUUUGGGAAAACAUGGAAGGCCUUCUACGGGCCUCGCUGGGCAAACCCGCUGUACAAGAAGCCGCGUUGACCUGCUUCUACCAAAGUGAGCCUGAAAAGAUCCAGCGUUUCACGCAUCAAAUUUUCCCAGCCUUCUUGGAGAUCACGCCUGCUGGCCAGGAAUUCCUGAAGCAAUCCUCAACUCGUCUCCUGUUCAUCUCAGACAAGAUCACAUCCCUUCUGCUGGAGCUCUACCGGUUUCCUCUGAAGACGGUGGAAGAGAGCUCAGCGCAAGGCUUGAAGCACGUUGGCUAUGGAAUUCCCACAGACAUGUUUCCACCCUUCGUCACUGCUGCCACUGCUGUAGUGGCAACGAUCCAGGCGCUCGCAGCAAGUGAAGAAGUCGUCGAGGCUGUCCGCUGGGCCGUCGCCCUGAUCGCAAAGAUCAUAGUGCGCACGCUGGGGGAAGGCUCCACGUUGGUGAUGAAGGCCAUCCACGCCAACGUGAGGGGACAGUUGAGGAAGGCCAUUGCGAUCGUCCCGCGGUGUCAAAGGGCUCACGAGGUGCUGAACAUCACAGCAGGAUCCCAAUCAAUUUCACCCUUCUACUGGGCCAUCGACAGUGGCAGGCUGAUCUGUGCUGAGAUCAUUUUGCAAGAUUUGCUGAUGAUCCGUGCUGACCGUGAUGUCUACUACUAUGGCUGUGACAGCCUCUUUGCUUACCACCCACGCGUGGUGCAGCGUCUUUGCAACACGGCCCCCACACUGUUGCACACGCUGAUGGACGGCCUUGUAUGGCGCUCCCGGCAGACGCGCCAAGGGUGGCGCCGGGUGAACUACUAUGUGAAGCACUUGCUGAAAGACUCGAACG